AUGACCCACAAUGUGAUGUGUGAUGAUGUGUUGCCGCAGCUAAACCUUCCAGAUGGUGUAACUAGGUGGAAUGCGAAUUUGCUUGAGGAGGAGCGACGUCUCCGAAAUAGUGACGGACAUGCUGACCGAAUAAUAUUGACAAUUAAUACUCUUGGGAAGCGUAGCAAGGAGGCGCAGUCGCUGAAUACCAUACUCACCUCCGUACCGCGUUUGCGAGAAAACAGAGACGCCCGUCUUUAUUUGCUCUGCCAUGGUGGCCGGGGCGUUGGAAUUUUAAAGAUUGGAGUGAAGAGGUUAUUCGUGGUGCCGCCGUCGCACGCGGGGCUGAUGGAAAUUGAACCCGUGUGCGUCCUGGACUUCUUUGUUGAUACCAGCAACCAGCGGCAGGGCUACGGGAAGAUUCUUUUUGAACAUAUGUUGGCGUUUGAGCGGCUGAGCCCAGGUGACGUGGCCAUUGACCGCCCAAGUGUCAAGUUUCUAGCAUUUCUGCGAAAGCAUUACGGACUGGUAGAGUACACCCCUCAGUCCAAUAAUUUCGUAGUGUUUCACAAGUAUUUCGAGCGUCACCAGCAGCAGCGGCGUGGAGUUGGAGGUUCCGGUCGCUCUGGUUACCAGCACUGCAACGAGACUACAACACAGCAGUUGGGAACUCAAAGUGGGUUACUGGAGGAUAUAAAUCAAACUCAUCCGGCGCCUAGUUAUGCCUUGCGGGGUGUUGUUAUGGGUCACACCGGCCCACCAUUAGAUCUUACCAAUGUUACCCAACAGCAGAAACCAUACCAUCAACCUUUCGCAACAGGGAGGAAAACAUCGUAUGAAUUGCAGUACGAACGGUACCUGCAAAGUCAAAAUUGCCGGCCAACCGGGAAUGCGGGAUAUGGUGGUGGGAAUGGACCUGCAUCUUCAGCGGAGGUGCGUGCUACAAAUUGUCAGGCACGACGCCGCACAUCACCAACGCGAAGUGGUGUACCGUACAAUAUAAUCAAUGGGUCUACGGGAUCUUAG